CCCCCACCAAUUAGAGGAACAAAUAUCAGAAUUGGUCUGCCUGUGUGAACUCAGCCAUAUGAGAGAGACCUUUUUUUAUUAGGUUGACCCCAUUUUGCCAUGUUAAUCUAAUACCAUUCGCAUUAUAUAUGUAUCUAUGUUUAUAUAAGAACAUAUGUCUAUUGUCACAUGUCACAUUUGGCUGGAAAACUAACUAGAAUGUAUGUGAAAUCUGAUCAUCUCAAAUUUAAGCGUAAAUUGAUGUAAUCUUAACCUGAUGUUGCAAGUCACGCCCAUCUUCCAGUUCAGGAAGUACGUUUUCAGUGUACUAGUUUUUUCUCAGUUGCAUCUUCCGCCGCUGAGGAUAAUAAUUCUGCUUCACCCUUUUGUGACCACGAAAUAAAGCUCCAGGAUGUGUGGUAUUUGGGCCUUGUUUGGCAGUGAUGAGUGCAUGUCGAUUCAGUGCACCAACGCUAUGAAGAUCGCCCACCGGGGCCCAGACGCUUUUCGUUUUGAGAAUGUCAACGGCUUCACAAACUGUUGCUUCGGCUUCCAUCGCCUGGCUAUCAUAGACCAGCUGUAUGGCAUGCAACCCAUCCGCAUCAAGAAGUUCCCCUACCUGUGGCUCGUCUACAACGGGGAGAUCUACAACCACCACACGCUGAAGAAGCAGUUUGAGUUUACGGACUACCAGACCAAAGUAGACGGUGAGAUCCUGCUUCACCUGUACGAGCGCUUCGGCAUUCAGAAGAUGGCGUCCCUAUUGGACGGAGUGUUCGCCUUCAUCCUCCUGGACACAGCCAAUAGGAAAGUGUUCCUGGGGAGGGAUACGUAUGGCGUGCGGCCCAUGUUCAAACUACUGACCGACAACGGCUUCCUGGCUGUGAGCUCUGAGGCUAAAGGUCUGACUGAUAUCACCCACUCCAUGUCUUCUCCUCCUAAGAUCACUCCGUUCCUCCCGGGGCACUUUGAGGUGUUUGACCUGAAGCCCACUGGGAAGGUAGAGUCUAUUCAGAUGGACCGCUUCCACUACUGCACCCAGGAGCCCAGCCACGCUGUCUAUGACACGGUAGAAAUGCUACCCUCCGGUUUUGUCCCAGAGACAGUGAAGAGCAACAUUCGGUUGUUGUUUGAGAACGCUGUCCGGAAACGCCUCAUGGCCCACAGGAGGAUCGGCUGUCUUCUAUCAGGUGGUCUGGACUCCAGUCUGGUGGCUGCUAUGCUGGUAAAACUGGCCAAAGAGGAGAAGUUGAAGUACCCCAUCCAGACCUUCGCUAUCGGGGCUGAAGACAGCCCAGACAUCCUGGCUGCUCGCAUGGUGGCGUCGUACAUCGGCAGUGAGCACCACGAGGUCAACUUCACCCCUGAGGAAGGUUUCAAAGCCGUGGAGGAGGUCAUCUUUCACCUGGAGACCUAUGACAUCACCACCAUACGCGCCUCUGUCGGCAUGUACCUAGUGUCAAAGUACAUCCGUGAGAAGACUGACAGCGUGGUGAUUUUCUCUGGGGAGGGCUCUGAUGAGCUGACACAGGGGUACAUCUACUUCCACAAGGCUCCCACGCCCAAGGCAGCAGCAGAGGAGAGUGUUCGUCUGAUGAAGGAGCUCUACCUCUUUGACGUCCUUAGAGCCGACCGCACAACCGCUGCACAUGGUCUGGAGCUGAGAGUGCCUUUCCUGGACCACAGAUUCACAGCGUACUACCUCUCCCUGCCUGAGGAGAUGAGGCAACCUAAGGAUGGAGUGGAGAAGCACCUCCUCAGAGACUCAUUUAAAGGUCUGAACCUGAUCCCAGACGAAAUCCUAUGGAGACGUAAAGAGGCCUUCAGCGAUGGAAUGACUUCUGUCAAGAAGUCCUGGUACAACAGCCUGCAGGACCAAAUGGAGUCUGAGGUGAACGACUACGAUCUGGAGAAAGCUCCUAAGACAUUCCCGUUCCUCCCUCCCAGAACCAAAGAGGCGUACUUCUACCGCCAGGUGUUUGAGAAGCUUUACCCGGGCCAGGCUAAGUGGCUCAGCCACUACUGGAUGCCCCGUUGGAUCAAUGCUACAGACCCCUCAGCCAGAACCCUCUCCAUCUACAAGCCUGACAAGGACCAGUGAUACAGAAACAACAGUGGCUCUUUUCCAAUACCCUCACUAGCGUAGCACUUAGAUUGAAGCAGUCCAUUGAGCAUGCAUGUAUUAUAAGUGGUAUGCUAGUAUGGAUAUUGGAACCUAGACCGUGUCAGCUGUCAAUUACCUCUGUCACCAUUACUACAACUCCUCUUCACAACAAACCUAUCUAGAACUUGUCUCAUGCUAGAGUUGUGACGAUUGUGGGAUGUUAGGGUAACAAAUUGUAAUUUUUGUUGAUUUUUUUUUUUACCUUGUAAUGCAUCUUUAGCUACUACAUACCUAAUGAAUACAACACUGCUUUGGAACUUUGGAAAUGAAGCUUCUCCUACUGACCGUGCUGUUAGCAAAAUGCUAUUGGAUAAACUAUGUCUACUUGAAUUUAAAGUGGAAUCCCCUCUUCUCCUAAAAUAAAGGCAUUAAGACUA